UGUAUUUUAUUGUCUGAGCUACUUUGACAAGAGUACUAGCAGCAUGGAUGACAUGGAGAAAUGGCCAGAAAUAGAGAAAGCAGCGACAGGGAAGAGACGUGAACUGGUUUUACAGGGUCCAGCUGUGGACGAGAGAAUCUCCUCUAAUGGAGGACUCUCCUCUGAUAUCUACUCCCUCACACUGCUGAAUUAUCUGGAGGUCAGCCAGUGCCCGAGUCUGACAGAGAUCCACGAGGACAUCCAGCAUCUGACAAACCUCCAAAGCCUCAUCCUGUGCAGGAACAAGCUCGCCUCCAUCCCGAAUGUCGUCGGCAACCUCAAGUCCCUGAAGGUCCUGGACCUUUCAGUCAACAACCUCAGGGUUUUGCCAGAGGGAAUCACUCAGUUAAAGGAGCUCAACACUCUCAACGUGAGCUGUAACAGCCUGGAGGUCCUGCCAGAGGGACUGAGCCGGUGCACCAAGCUCUCCACCAUCAACAUCUCCAAGAACCGCAUCACCGGUUUCCCCGCUGAUUUCUACUCCGAGAAGCUGGAUCUCCUCAGCUCCCUGGUCGCCUCUGACAACUCCAUCGACCAGCUGAGUGGAGAUGUUCACAAGCUAGCUGCUCUCAAGGUGCUGGAUCUCUCCAACAACAAGCUGAGGGAGAUUCCCUCCGAUCUGAGCGACUGCCCCAAGCUAAAAGAGAUCAACUUCAAAGGCAACAAGUUGAACGACAAACGUCUGGAGAAGAUGGUCAACGGCUGCCAGACCAAGUCCAUCCUCGACUACCUCAGAGGAAAAGGGAAACAGGGAGAGGAUGGAGGUAACGCGGAGGGGGGGCGCAAUGCAGACAAGGGGAAAAGGCAGCAGCAGAGGAAGAAGAAGGAGAAGGUGGCAGACGAACAGGAUGAGAUGGAGGAGCUGAACAAGAUGGUGGUGAGAGUUCUCCAUGUUUCGGAUGCCCCUACAGCACUGGAAGUCACAGUGAGUGCAGAGGUGAAAGAUGUUCGGCCGUACUUGGUGUGCUGCGUGGUCCGAGGCAUGAACCUAAAGUCUGGGAAUGCUCUCAAACGGUUCCUGGUGGCUCAGACAAAGCUUCACGACGACCUGUGCGGUAAAAGGACCACCGCAACCAUCGCAACUCAUGAUGUGCAGCUUCUCAAAGCUCCUCUGAUUUAUGAUGUUAAACCACCUACCCAGCUGAAGAUUGUGCCACUGGGCCGGAAGGAGAUGACGGCCAUCGAGCUGAUAAGACACCUUCAGCUGGAGGCUGACGAGCUGAGGAAGCAGAAGAAGAGGCAGAACGUCACUGGUCUCCACAAGUACCUGCAAAUUCUGCAGGGAAAGGCCCUCUAUCCCUGCCUAGUGGAUGCAGAGGGACACGUGAUCUCAUUCCCACCUAUUACCAACAGCGAGAAAACCAAGAUCAAAAAGACGACCAAAGAGUUGUUCUUGGAGGUGACGAGUGGAACCAGCCUGCAGACAUGUAAAGAUGUUAUGGACGCUCUGAUUGUAAAAAUGGCAGAGUUGAACAAGUUCACGGCAGAGCAUCAGGAGGAGGCGGGGUCAGAUGGCGAAGGGGACGGCCCACAAGAGCCGGCCGCCAGCCGUGAGACCUCCAGCGAACUGAUCAUCCAGCAGGUCCGAACAUUGGACCAGGACGGGAACCUGAAGGUUGUCUACCCGUCAAAAACCGACCUCUCCAACGACAUCAGCAACUUGAACGUCAUUUGGUAGUGGUGACGCGGAUAACCUCUGAUGUUUACACUCACGUGGUACAUGAAGUCAUUUUAACAGAUUCACAUUGUGGGGCAUUAAAGCUUUUGACAACACGCAACAAAAUUACAUCCCUUUACUUCAGGGAGCGCAGAAAAUCUGAUCCUGUCGGAUUUUUUUUGUGACUAAAACAAAAUCCAGCAGAUGCUUGACUUUUAGUAAUAAUUGUUGCCUGUUGAAGAAUGUUAACAUUUCUGAUUAAUGUACAGCUUUUUGAACCACAUGUAGUAAUACUUUAAUAAAUCUCUUUGCCACUUACUGACAGCAUGAUCAACAUGGCAUACUGUAUGUGAAAAGAUCCUUAUUUUUGUAUUAUUUACAAACUUUCCUGUGGGUAAAAUGAAUCUUGUUUAACUGACAUUAACUUAAACUCGGACUGGUCUACUUA